AUGGCAGAAGUCAAUGAAACUGAUCAAACCCUCACCGUUGAUCCCAUAACCCCAAACCUAGGCGAUUCAACAUCAUCAUCCCAACCAAAGUCCGAACAAACCACCACAGUCAAUGUUGCAGUCCCAAUCCCCGAUGUGGGACCGCAACUUCAACUUGUGGUGGAAGAGUUUAUUCUAAAAAGCGGCUCAGACGAUGAGGAAGUGCGUACAACCGCGAGGAAUGAUCUGAGAGAUUUUAUUGAGCGUGAAGAGAUAGGGAUUACGACGUUGCUGGUUGUGGUUAAGUAUCCUCAUGAUGUUAAGAAUGCUGAUUUGUUGGAUGCUUUUUGUGAAAGGGUGGCAGAUUUGAUCAAGGACAAGAGGGUGGUGGAUGUUAGAGAGAUUUUUGGUAUAGUUAAUGAUUUUACACCGGAGGAAGAACAUGCUCUUCGUGAUGAGCAUCCUUGGGCUUUUGAAGAUUAG